GCCCGGCGGAUCCCGAGGAGGCGGCAGAGGCGCGAGGAAGGAGGCGGAGAAGAGGGCGGAGGCGGCGGCGGCGCGGAGGGCGGAGCGCAAGGAGGGAGGCGGAGCCACGGUCACCGCCGCCGUCGCCGCCGCCGCCUUCACUGCGUAUCCCUGGCGCUCGCUUGGGCCGCCGGGGGCGGGGACUGGGGGACGCGGCUUCCCCGGCUCAGGAAAUCCUGUGCCCGGAGCCGGGGCCACCAGCCCGUCGUGCAGCCGAGGAGCAGGAGGCGGUGGCGGGGCCAGAGCGGGGCGGCAAGGCCACCAUGGAGACCCGGUACAACCUCAAGAGCCCAGCUGUCAAACGCUUAAUGAAAGAAGCAGCAGAAUUGAAAGAUCCUACAGAUCACUACCAUGCUCAACCUUUAGAGGAUAACCUUUUUGAAUGGCACUUCACUGUUAGGGGCCCCCCAGAUUCUGAUUUUGAUGGAGGAGUUUAUCAUGGACGAAUAGUACUGCCACCAGAAUAUCCCAUGAAACCGCCAAGCAUCAUUCUCUUAACAGCUAAUGGAAGGUUUGAAGUAGGCAAGAAAAUUUGUUUGAGCAUCUCAGGACAUCAUCCUGAAACUUGGCAGCCUUCAUGGAGUAUCAGAACAGCAUUGUUAGCCAUCAUUGGAUUUAUGCCAACAAAAGGAGAAGGUGCCAUAGGGUCUCUAGACUACUCACCUGAGGAAAGAAGAGCUCUUGCCAAAAAGUCACAAGAUUUCUGUUGUGAAGGAUGUGGUUCAGCAAUGAAGAUCGCCCUGUUGCCUUUGUCAUCAGGAAGUGAUUCAAGUCAGGCCGAUCAAGAGGCCAAGGAACUUGCUAGACAAAUCAGUUUCAAGGCAGAAGUCAAUUCAUCUGGAAAGUCUGUCACUGUGCCAGAUUUAAAAAACUCUUUCUCCUUAAGUGAGCCACAACAGGAAGGUAGACCUUCGACAUUCCAGGAUACAACAGCCAGUACAUCGUAUGAUGCUCCGAACAUUGCUGCAACAUCCCUACAAGAGUCUCCCCAGACUGUUUCCAAGAAUACCUCCAUGAGCCCUCGACAGCGCCGGGCCCAGCAACAAAGUCAAAGAAGAACAUCUUCAUCUUCGCUUGAUGUUCAGGUCCAGCAGCCAAGAGCCAACCCCAACACGAAUCAUAUCGGAUCAGCCAUACUGAUCGUCAUCCUGACUCUAGCAUUGGCAGCUCUCAUAUUCCGACGAAUCUAUCUGGCCAAUGAGUACAUAUUUGACUUUGAGUUAUAACAUUGCUUUUGUCUUAAGAGCUGUGACUCGAAUGCUUCAUUAAACAUUCUGCAGUGGGUAUGAUAUAAGAACUGUUUACAAAAAAAUUUUUUGUAUUUGGCCCUCACCUCCUUUUUUGAUCCUUAUAAAUGUCGGUAUAUAUUUAGACAGAUUUUGAGGCUAAUUAUGUCCAUAGAGAGUAUAUUAGCAGUUAGCUCAAGGGACUGGAAGUCAUAAAUCCCACAUCCCACCACUGGCCUGCAUUAUGACUCUUGGAAGAUCACUUAUUAACUCUCUAUGCCUCAAUUUCCUUAUGUAUAAAUUUGUGAUAAUUUUUUGUAAAGUUCUUUGAAACUUUGGAUAAAAAGUGGUGUUUAAAUCCCAAGUGUUACUAGUAGCUCAAUGCCCAUUGUGUUGAGUACUAGACCUCUGCUUGAGGAGAAUAAAUUGGGAGCAGAGGAGAAUUGGAGAGGGGAAAGCAAAAGCCCUUUGCUUCUGGGGCUCAGACUCUAGUGUCUGCUUAAAUAUCAUUCAUAGGAGGUGAAGUAGAAUUGGGCAUUUGUUAUGAAAUUUACGUGCAUGUAAGAAACCAUGUUUUAGUAAAGGUGAAAAAUUACUUCUGACAAAAGCACUUAAGGAGAAAAACAUUACCAUAUUUGUGAAUAGAAUAUUGGCUAAGAAAAGAGAAUGUUGCUUUGUAAACAUUUUCUUUUACUCUCCAGAUAGUUUCAGACCCCCACAAAUCUUUGGUUUUAGUGAAAGAAAGGGUCCAGGCCAGAAAAUAAUUUCAUUUUCCUUUGGAGUUAUAUAUAGGUUGAUCUUAAGAUUUGAAUGUUGUCUCUGAUUAUUAUCAGUUGUUUAUCUUGCUUUUUAAAUUGAAAGUUAUAUAACAUGUUCUUAUAAUACUUAUAAAUAAGGAAUAUAAUCAUUUACUCAGUGCUACUAUCUUUUAAUUCCAAAAUAUGCAUAAUGUAUUGAAGAAAGGUUUUGACCAUCCUUUAUAAAAAAGUGAGUGAUAGAAAAAUGUAUAUUUAAAAUGAAAUCAAUGCGAUCCAAGCCCAAAUUUAAUAUAAAAAACAUUCACUUACAAGACUAUGUCAUGCUAGUUACCCAGGGUUAUUCCAAUGCCUUGUGGGAAAGCAGAGCCAUGGAAAUAUUAUCUUUGUUCUUUAAUACAUUUAACUCAAUGGCAGCAUUGUAGGCAAUCACUGGGGCAGUAUUAUUGAAAAGCUUUGAUUGUAUUUCUUUUCUUCUUCCUUUUUUUUUUGAGACUGGGUCUCACUAUAUCUCACCCAGGCUAGAAGUGCAGUGGCUACUCAGGGCCCGAUCCCACUGCUGAUUGAUUGGUUUGGAAGCUUUAACCUGCUUGUUUUUCCAUCUCCGCUCCUUGGGGGCUCACCAUAUUGGUGCCAGACUUAGUGCAAACACCUGGUCAGCUUUAGUCUUAACUGUGGCUCAGAAUUCCAGGUUCAAGCAAACCAGCAGCCUCAGCCUCCCUAGCAGCAGAUACUACAGGUGUGUGCCAUGAUGCCUGGCUUAUUGUAUUUUUAAUACAGGCAGCUCCCAACUGAAGAAAGGGCUGUGUUCUUAAAGUUUAUUUGGAGGUUAUUUAUUUUAGAAUACAGAAUCCAUUUGCUCACUGGGAAAAAAUAUUAUGGUGUGUUUAGAUUCUGAGGCCAGCCCACAAAAGACUUUAAAUCAGAAUGUAACUGAUACAAGUCUUAAUCAAGUUCAUUAUGCAGUUUUGAACCUUUUAAACUUGUAACUUUUAAACUUUACUGACUUAGGUUGUAGUUAUGAAACAAUCUGUAAGUAGCAUUGAAAGGCAAGUUUAGUUUUCUUCUUACAGUUGAUGCAGUUCGUCUUUUCAUCCACACAGUAACUAGUUUUCAUUUGUCACAAGAUUUAAAAUGAGAACACAUUGUGUAAAUCUAUGUAAUGUGGUUUUCCUGAGCCUUAAUAAAUUUGCUUUGCAAUGAUAUUUA